UUGUAAACAAGCAAAGUGCCAAUGGGGUAACUUCGAGCGUGCUCUAUUUUAUACUACGUAGUUUAAAUUUGUAUAAUGCAUUAAAUUGUUGUAACAUAUUAUAUAAUAUUUGAAUAAAUAACAAAAAAGAUCAAUGGAUACAGCAAACGUAGGUUAUUCGUACCAUUUGCCUACAGGCGGAUGGAACUACAAAAUUCGUAAUACUUUAUCACAGUUUAGCGAUUUAUUUAGCGAAUUUAACAAAUACAUCGCACCAGCGUAUCACCAUGAUAGAUGCGAAAGGUCCGUUCAGAUGAGAAUAUAUUCAAUGCACAAAGGAGAGUUUGUGAUGGUGUUUAUAGCAUUUUUCGCCUGUUUUGGCUUAGGAGUAUUCAUAGGAUUGGCAGGACCAUCCCCGACGUCAACGACCUCUAUAUCAGCAAGCAGCGUGCUGGCCAAUGGCAGCGAGAUAUACUGCGGGCCGUUCCACCUGCACAGCCCGGCGCUCGGCACGCGCGUGCAACAGCUGUGGCUGCUGGCUGAAAUACUCACUAACAACGACGACGAGGAGAUCUUCGACAAGAGCUUCCAGAUCAGUAUAUCGAUAGAUGGCGUCCUCAGUGACCACACAACGGCCAACCUUAUACCGGAGACGGAGACUACUAAUCGAACCCAACACUUGAAAUGCAAGAGGCAGGUGUGUGAGGAAGUGAUGGUCCUACAUGUCGGGUCGCCCGAGUACACGCACUACGUACUUAACGUACACUUCUUCGGACUGAAGGAAUUCCACAAGAGAUACUUUAUACGGGAAGUUGUGUUCUAUUUCAAAACUUACAAUCCGGCGUUUACGCAAAUGGAGACAUGGUUUAGAUUUAUUUUUCUUCUAACUACAUUCACCGUAGCAUGCUGGUUUGCACACUCACUCAGAAAAUACUCCAGCCAAGACUGGGCAAUAGAACAAAAAUGGCUCUCUAUUCUUUUGCCUCUACUUUUACUAUACAAUGAUCCAAUAUUCCCGUUACGGUUAGUGUCUGGUGGGUGCUUUGCGCCGCUGCUGGAUGCGAUAUUCCAAACGACUUUCUUGGCUGGGGUGAUGCUCUCCUGGCUUGCUUUAUACCAUGGCCUUAGACAGAAUGAACGAGGAUACAUUUCUUUUUACUUGUUCAAAGUUAUUGUCGUCGGGUUUGUAUGGACGCCGGCUAUUAUAGUAGCGGUUUGGCAGAAGUAUUACGCGUACUAUGACCCUACAUACAACUAUUUUAUGAACCCAGAUUAUCCGGUUGUUAAGAUAAUGUUCUUUGGUGCUGUAACAGUGUACUUUCUAUAUUUACUUAUACUUAUUGUAAAAGCGUACAGUGACUUAAGGAAUAUGCCUUUCUUUGAUUUAAGACUUCGAUGUUUAUCAAUAGUAGUGGGCACGGUUACUUGCAUUAUGACGUUAUUGGCCCUACAUUCAUGGGGCCCGGCCGCCUUGCAAGACCACUGGGCUUCCCAACCAAAAGUGCAUUACGAUACUUCCGCGCCGUUCAUGGCUCUAUACGGCCUGUUCAACUUUAAAAUGUAUAUUUUAGCGUAUUUAUUCUCGCCCGGGAGUGGAUCUAUACAUGAAACGGCGAUUACCAAAGACAAUCCAGCUUUCUCUAUGAUCAAUGACUCCGAUGAAGAAGUGAUCUACGGUUCCGACGAAGAAAGUCGCAGGCCUCUUAAUUCACACCCGCACAGAGUCGCGAAUGAAGAUAUAUGAUCGAUCACUAGUUCUAUUCUGUAUAUUAUGCUACUUUUCUUGUUUAUAAAAUAGUGUUAAAAUGUUAAUGUUUUAUUUUGAA